AGCGCUGCGGUAUGACGUCAUCACACGGCGCUGGGAUCUGUUUGCGAGUGUUUGCUCAGGACGCUGGUUAAAUGUUUAGAUAUUUUUAAUUAAACAACAUAUUAUAUAAUUGUAACAUUUAUGGCACCGAACAGGGCGUACUUUAGCAUCGUCUAUGCUACAUUCGGCAUGCUGAUAGGAGGUUCGGCUUUUAUAGUUUGGACUGUAGUUUACAGACAGCCGUGGACGGCGGCUAUGGGCGGAUUAUCAGGAGUGCUGGCCCUUUGGGUGCUGGUCACACACAUCAUGUACCUUCAGGAUUACUGGCGCACAUGGCUGAAGGGACUCAAGCUCUUCAUGAUUAUCAGUUCACUUUUCUCCAUGUUAGCUGUUGCUGCUUUUGCAACGUUUAUGACUCUGGCUAUUACACAAAAUCAAGCAUUGUCAGACACCAAGAGUUUUUAUCUCUCCUGUGUUUGGAGCUUCUUGACACUGAAAUGGGCCUUCCUCCUUGGCUUGUUUUCUUACCGCUACCACCAGGAGUUUGCUGACAUCAGCAUCCUCAGUGACUUUUGAAUAACUACCUUUCUGGAACUGAAACAAGUUUGUUUUUGUCUGUUUUGUUAGCUUUAUCUGUUAGUAAAAAAGGCGGAUUUAGAAGCAAGGCUUGCUAAACAGGAAUAAGUGGAACAGUUUUUCUUUCACAUUACCGGCACCAGUACUACUUAUUACUUUUGAUCUGAUAGACUGUCCCUCAUACUCCAGAAUCCAGCUUCAAAUUCAGAAACCAUCCUAAGAGGUUUCCUGCAUCUAUGCAUUACAUUCCUUUUACAUUUAACUGCAUAUAAACUUGGUUUGUAUUAUUCUGUUCAGACCUCAGAUAACUUGUUUGGCAUAAAGAGUGUUUAAUCUGCACUCAGCUAUUUCUAAUACCUAAGCUAGUUACAUAAAUUAAAAUUUUUGUGGAUUUUUUUUUAGACUUUUAUUUUGUGUUUUAUGUACGUAAAUACAGUUACUAUAUAUGCAUUGCUCAUGACCACAGAUUAAGCAAUAUCCAUCUUUAGUGUAAUUGUAUGUUUUUGAGACAUGGCAACAAAAUGCACUGAUCACCAACUCCUGACUCAUCCUCAAAUGUCAUUGUGUCUGGUGUUUCUAUUUUACUAGGAUAUAUAGGUCUACACCAGACUAUCAGUAUUAUAAUGUGUUAUACAGUGUUACUCUUGAACAUUAUUGAAGAUUAAUUCAUAUUUAUAUUGAUGUCUUCCAGUUGUUUGAUUUUUUUGUUCCAGUUCUGCCUCUGCUUCUUGUUCCUUUUCUUUCUUUCUUUUUUUGUAAACUGAGAAUGAGAUUAUUAUAAAAGAGAUGAGGAUGGCUGUGUAACGCAAGACUCAACGAGACCUGGUGUGUGGUCCAAGAUGGCGGCUCGAGGCUGCUAGACUGCAAAUAAUUCCAAGUUCAACAUUCAAAUAUUUAUAAUUUUUUAUUUCUUUCUCUCACCCCCCCUUUCUUUCUUGUCGCAUUUUCUCUCGUUUCAAAACUGGACCAUAACAUUAUACAACCUGUAUCACCUUGAGGAAUAUAUCGACAUGCACUACAACAGAUUCUGCUGCACCAUGAACAGGGACAAACCAGACGACUACAAAAAAGUAAAGGUAACCCCACUCCAAUCUCCAAGAGACCCCGUCCCGUUUCACUCUCCAGCCCAAGUAUAACACCAUCCACAUCACCUAAACCACCAUGCUGCACAGAGAUAAGAAACAUUCUGCUCUCAAUUGAAAAUAAACUUUCUGAUGACAAGAUCGCACUGAAUGAAGUGGUACACAAGGAAUUCCAGGACCUGUGGCUCAGCUUGGAAUUCAGCCAAGAACAGAUAGGCACUCUCACUAAAGCACUCUGUUCACACACUUACUACUCAACUCACCUCCUUAGUGGCAGAAAGCAAAACCAUGAAAGAGAACAUUCUGGACUUGCGCACUCACAGCAUAAGGGACAAUUUAGUCUUUGCAGGCAUCCCGAACUCCAGACGAGCCCUGAAAAAUCAGUCAAGGACUUUAUGAUAAAACAACUCAAAUUAAAAGCCGAAAGUGUUCAGACUAUCACCUUUCACCGAGUGUACCGCAUCAGAUCUCAAAACAACAACAAUUGACCAUGACCGAUCGUUGGAAAAUUCGAACACUAAACAAAAAGAGCUGGUUCAGAGGCAAGGCAGACAACUUAAAGGCACAAAUUACAGACUCAAUGAGCAAUACACAAAGGACAUUCUUGAACAUCGAAAAAGGCUUUUCCCAAUCUGGAAACAGAUGAUAAAUGAAGGGAAAAUGCCAACUAUUGUAGUGGACAAAUUAUACAUGGAUGGACAAUUACAUCUCAAUAAGGACAUUAACUCAAUAACUCAUGGCAGAUCAAUAACUGCCAUGAUCAUAAACUUAUAAACACACCACCAGUACAGGUCUCGGUCUCUCUCUCUCUCUCUCUCUCUCUCUCUCUCUCUCUCUCUCUCUCUCUCUCUCUCUCUCUCUCUCUCUCUCACUUUUAAAUCUAUAAGAUGUGCUCUUAAUUUGCACCUAGGUCUCGUCCCUCCCCAUGUUCUACACUAUGUCUGUAUUUACUGGUUUUUGUUUUGUUGUUGUUCUGCUGUGUACAUUCUGUCAUUUGUGUAUCUUAAUUUUGUUAGUCUGCCAACAACAUUGCCUUGUUAUACACACACAGAAUCGCUCUGCCAUAACUGCACAAAUUUGUACACUCAAACUUACACAUAUACACUACUAACAUGCUCACACAUUGAAAUAUAUUUAUGUUUAAUUUUCCGUUUCCUUAUAAAAACAUGUCAUCUAUCACUUUUCUAA